GUUUACCCUUAAUAAAGAGAGCAGAACUCAAGGCCGGUAGUUUAUGGAAGUUGGUCCUUGGUGUGGACUCUUCCUAUUCACUCGAAGAAGAAACCCUCAACUCUUUUUUUUCCUCAGAAAUUUAUCCAACUUGGUUUUUCAUCAAUAACAGAUUCUCUCUCUCCAAGUCGGAUUUGCAUCUAAACACCAGAUUUGGUUUCAUACAUUGAAGUAGCUAUCAUGGAAGUCUCUAAGGAAGAUGAUUCACUUGUGCUUCUGGACCGAGCAUCUCGAGCAACAAGAGGAAAACGGAUGACCAAGUUGAUUGAUGAUGAACUUGAAGAGGACGAGUUGUUUUGGAACCAGGAAGCUCUUAAAGAUGAAGAGGAUGAUGAUAAUUAUCAAGAGGAGGCAGAGGUUGUUGAUGAGUUUGAUAGUGACUUUGACGAAGAUGAGCCUGAGCCAGAUGAAGCAGAAAAGGAAGUAGAAGAAAGGCCGCAAAACAAGAAGCGGCUUAUAUUUCCUGGAAAGACUUUACCAAAGAAGAAAACGAAAAAGAAAGAUCUUUCAAAAUUAGAUAAGCUUUCCAUGAAUGAAAAAUCAACUCAACAACCUGCUACUCCUGACCAUCAAGAUGCUCCUGAUGACGUGGAAGGGGAAAGAAUAGUAAGGAAAUCUACAAGAACCUCUGUCAUUGUUAGGCAAGCUGAGAGAGAUGCAAUACGUGCAGCUUUGCAGGCAACAAUGAAGCCAAUAAAAAGAAAAAAAGAAGGCGAGGAGAAGAGGAUGACGCAAGAAGAAAUGCUUCUUGAAGCAGCACAGACAGAAAUUGUGAAUUUAAGGAACUUAGAGCGUGUUUUAGCAAGGGAGGAAGAAGUUAAGAAAAGAGCAAUUGUGCACAAAGCUGUGUACAGUGGCCCACAGAUACGAUAUUUUUCUAAAAAUGGUUGUUCCUAUCUAGAAUUCAAAGGAUUGUCGUUUCAGUCACAGCUUUCAACAACAUCUGUUCCAUAUCCAGAGAAGGCUAUAUGUGCUGUAACAGGAUUGCCUGCCAAGUAUCGUGAUCCAAAGACAGGGCUACCUUAUGCAACAAAAGAAGCUUUCAAAAUUAUUCGUGAACGUUUUAUGGAUGAAAAUAACAAUAUCAAGAAAAUGGCCAUGGGUGAUCUAUUUGAUUCGCUAGUUGGGACUGGAUUUCAUGGCAAGAGGAAGCGGUUGCCAACUUCAAAUAGACGCAAAAUGUCACAUUUCUCCCGUUUUGCUAAUUUUGGUAUGACUUCUAUUGUUGAUAUUGAAUCUUCGGAAUAGAGCCACGAAAUAUGGGGAAUCAAUAUUGUUGUAUUAGUUUUAGCAAUAGCAUGUCCAUUUUAGCAACAGGCUUGUAUAGUUGUCCGGCUUAGAGAAAGGAUGACAUUAAUGAGAAAAUCCGAGCAAUUAUCCGAUUUCUAGGGUUUAGUCCAGCAAUUAUUUCAGUUUGGACCAAACAAAAGGUUUUUAUUUUUAUUUGUUGUGGUCAAUUUAGCUGUAACACUUAACUGUGGCAAGUAACCUGCGCCCUUCUCACCUUCAUGUGAGUUUCAUCUGAUGCAAGCACGGCACAGGGAUGGUCCACCCAAGAAAGCACAAAUUGUUUCUUCUGUUUAUCAAAAAGAAAAGGGCAAAUCAUGGCAUAAGAUCACUGUUGAAACACUUGUAUAAUCUGUCCAAAAGCUGCCAUUGAUGUCUUUUGUUUGGUAUUUUACGUACAAGAAUUACUUGUGACAAAUUUAGGUAGGUUUGGUGGCUCA